UGAAUAUGUGGACUUUUUAGUUAUUAUUUUUAUAUCUUAUAUUAUAAAAUUAAUUAGGUACUAAAGUUUUUAAAUCUUAAGAUUACAAUUAAAAUGACAUCGAUCACCACCAAUAGAUUAUUAAGCGGAAUGAUCAAACUGGAUUGCGUGUAACGUGUGUGUGGUGAAAAGCGAUUACCUAGUAAUAAAGUUUUUGUAUAUCUAACGAUGAGUAGAAGUACGAUUUGUCUGUUCGAUGUUGAUGGAACUGUUACAGAUCCUAGACAGCCAAUCGACCCGUCUGUGAGGUUGUACAUGGUUGAUAAGCUGAAGAAAAAAACACUCAUAGGGUUGGUGAGUGGUUCAGAUGUAUCAAAGAUAGAUGAACAGCUUGGAGGCCCAGAAUACACAGCCCAAUUUGACUAUGUAUUUGCAGAAAACGGUCUGGUUGCAUUCAAGAAUGGUAAAGAAUUAAAAAAACAAACGAUUGUUGAUUAUUUGGGCGAAGAAAAACUGCAAACAUUCAUUAACUUUGCAUUAAAUUACAUGUCAAAAAUACAAUUGCCAGUGAAACGUGGUAAUUUUAUAGAAUUUCGAACUGGCAUGAUCAAUAUUAGUCCUGUUGGUCGGUCUUGCUCAAAAAUUGAACGUGACAAUUUUGAAGAAUAUGAUAAAAUUCAUAACAUCAGAAAGAAAUUCAUUGAAAACAUUAAAGAAAACUUACCAGAUAUUGGUUUGACUUAUAGUAUUGGUGGUCAAAUAAGUUUUGACUGUUUUCCUAUAGGAUGGGAUAAACGAUAUUGUCUACGCUAUAUUGAGGAUGAGUUUAAAGGGAAUAUACAUUUUUUUGGAGAUAAAACAUUUGUAGGAGGAAAUGAUCAUGAAAUUUUCAAUGACCCGAGGGUGAUUGGACAUGCAGUUAUUAAUCCAAGAGACACUAUUUUGCAAUUAAACAAUCUGUUUAAUAAAUAAUAAUAGAAUUUAAAGCAUUAGAAAUAAAUUAUAUGUACAAUUUAGCUCUUAUGUGAGAGUAAAUAAAAAUAAAUAAAUAAAACAAAGAA